AAAGCCAGUAAGGAGAGUAUGAUAGAACAUCAAGAGCAAAUAAAAGAAAUGGUUGGUAAUGCUGGACUGAGACAAGAUGAAAUAUUUAUUAGUCCUGAACAUUUUUCGUCUCUAUUAACACAAUUAAAUAAUUACAGGCAUCAAUGUGACAUGACAGAUGUUGUGAUAUGUGUGGGUGAGAGACAGUUCCCUUGUCAUAGAGCAAUUCUUGCUGGAUGUAGUGAGUUUUUCCAUCAACUUUUACAGACUCUACCUGCCUAUGCAGAAAGUAAAGUUCAGAAAUUAGUUAUUGAAGACAUUUAUGUUGAUACAGUUGACAUAUUUUUGAAUUAUGUUUAUUCUGGUGUGGCUAAAAUCACUGCAGAUAAUGUAGAACAGCUGUUGGACACUGCUAAGUUUUUUCAAGUUCAAAGAUUGACUGAAGCCUGCACAGAAUUCCUCAAUAAGCACUGUUCAUGA